AUGGACAGUAAGAAGAAACAACAAGAACCGAAACCAGUUAAACUAGAAGGAAGCUGUCAUUGUGGUAAAGUUAAAUAUGAAGUUGAUUCAUACACUCCGGUGCCAUUCAUGAUCUGUCAUUGCCAAGCGGAUACGAAGACGGCCGGUGUCUACAACUGUAAUAUUAUGGGUGAAUAUUCAACAUUUAAAGUAAAACAGGGAAAUGAAUUUGUUAAAAUUUAUCAAGCAAAAUCUAGUGAAACAGAAGCAGGUUCAAAAGAAAAAGAUCCAAAUAAAUUAAGUGAACAUAAACGUCAUUUUUGUUCAGAAUGUGGUUCUUACUUGUGGGCUCACAGUUCUGAAUAUGAACAAUGGGUUUAUCCGUUUGCAAGUUCAAUUGAUACACCACUGCCCGUGCCACCUGAACAAAUUCAUAUAAUGACCGAUUUUAAACUAAAUCAUAUUGAAAUACCGAAAGGAAAACAUAUAACAACAUUUCAACGAUAUCCAACGGGGAUUGAAGGCAUUGAAAAAUGGCAUAAAGAGCACAGUUUAUAUGGAACAUAUAAAGUUUAA